AUGGCUCACCACCAGCAACACCACCACCACCAGACCGACCAUCGGAAAACGCCUGCACUUUACAACCUUUUGAAGAUGGUUUUUUCUUCAGACCAGCCUACGCUAUCUGCAGAUCAAGAAGUCGAGGUGGUUGACGACGGCGACGAGCCUCCCGAUCACUACUCUUCGCCUCACCAGUCUUCUCGCCACUCCGCCGCUGCCGGCCAGUUCUACCUCAAGUCGUCUCGCACAAUGCUGGAAAAGAAAGAGUCCCUUCUCACCCGUGCUCUGAGAAGCCCAGAUCUCGCUCCCGCAGACCGUGAGCGCAAGGCGUCGUAUCCUCUCAGCAACGCCAGUGGCCACUCCACCGCCGAGCUGACCAGCGACGGUGAUCUCACCAGCCCAGCCUACUCCAACACAUCGAGCCCGCCUCACCCGCACACUGUCUCUCUGGUUCCCGCCCUCGAACCUAAGAUCGUCUCUCCGCCGUCAGAUCCCAGCGAGUCCAAACUCGAGGCCGAUCUCGGCCGCAAGCGCUGUAUCAGCUUUGCUUGUGCACGUCGUGUAGAGCAGCCAAAAGAAGCCGAGAAGAAGCCGGCAACGGACAACAAGAACACAAACACCGACGUCGCCGAUCCUCCAAAGCGCAAGUCGGCUCUGACUUUUGCUUGUCCUUCUCGCCACACCGAAUCCAACAAGACUAGCAACUCACACCGAAAAGCAUCUCCAGCACCUCGAACUCGUGGCUCCCCAGCUCCCUCAUCUCGCCACCGCCUCCCAAGUCAAGAUACCACUCCAUCUAAAAAAGAAGCUCCGGCUCAACAACCAGUUUCGCAAAAGCCCGGCAGUAUCCAUCCUUCCGGACUAGGCAAAUUCCAGCCCUCUGAAGAAACUCGCUUCCAUGAAUUUGCGGGCGAGCUCGACGAAAUGGACAGUUGGAUGGCUGGUCCCGCCGAACACAAAGAGAAAAUCACGUUGAACGACUGCUUGAAAAAGGAAAAUGCCAUCCGGAAGCUUGGAGAAGAGGCGGAGGCAGAGGCCAUCGAAGAAGAGCAAGAAGAAGACCUAGCAGAUGGUGACGACGAUGCUGACACCGUCCAUGAUUUCUCUUCGGAUGACGGCAACGAGUCAGACAACGAGGCUGGCUUUGCUGACUCGGACGACGAGAGCGACGAUGACUCGCAGUACGAGUUCUGGGGUCCUUCGACGACUACUGCCGCGACCAGUGCCGACAACCUGGAAUUCGUGCGCCUGAACACUGCCGAACGCCGGAACUCGAACAUUUCGUUGGAUUCGCUCAAGCAGGACAGCAGUACGUCUCGUCGUCCGUCUACUUCUGCUCAGACAAAGACUUCCCGGCGCCCGAUCAACAUUCCAAGACCCAAUACCCCGGAUCUUCCAGAUAGCACUGAUUUUGUGUGCGGUACCCUCGACGAAGAUCGUCCGCUGGAGGCAGCAUAUAUCUCGUGCAUGGAAGAACGUCGCCGGAAAAAACACGUGGUCAUCCCGCAGGACAUUGAUCCCAGCUUCCCUACAACCGAUCCUGAGGACAAUGAGGAUGACGAUCUGGAAGAAGACAAUUUUGACGACGAAGAAAUCGACACCGCCGCCCAAAUUGAAGAGGAGCUUCUUCGUGGAAGACGCAAGGGCGCACCAAGAACCUCUCCGCGUAUUUCUCCAAGACGCGUUCAUUCUCCCGCUCCACGCAAUCAUGGCCAGGUUUCUCCCAAGCGGAUGAAGUCGCCUGCGCCCAAACUCCGUCCCAGUGCUACUCGUAACAUACCUGCUCUAAACAUCCCCGCCCCCGUCACUGGUGUCAAUAUCACUGGCCCGGCGGUUACUCAGCCUUACUACAGUCGAACGUCUCGCACCAAGUCACUGCCAAGGACCCCUAACCCGUUUUUUAUGAGACUUGAGAAGUCCAAACAGUUGCUUCGGCCUGACUCGCGUCCCACGUCACCAGAACGGGCUCCUUCACGCGGCCGUGAACUACACACGCGCGGUCCUGUCGACAUCAUCCAAGGGCUUGAGCGCAAGAGACAGAAACGCAAGGAAAAAUUCUGGCGCCAGCAUUGCCGGAAAGCUGCCAAGGAGCAGACAGAACGCCGCGCGAAAAGUGGCAAAGGUGCAGAGCGUAUGAAGGAGCUUGGUCUUGAAGUCGCCGAGCGCUUCCGAGCUUACGGUGUUACCAAAGAUACCCAGCUGGUCCUCUCUGUCUAG